AUGAACAAGUUCUUCUCGAACAACCGCAACAACACCAGCAAUGACGUGAAUGGUGACAAGGAACCUUCCGUGAACGACGUCGACAACAUGUCUGUCAAGCAUGCCGAGCCUGGUACGGGUGGCCAGUUUAGAGAGUUUAUCAAGACGGUCAUUAGCUUCACUGGCGAUCUCUCAUCCCUGACAUGCCCUGCAUUCUUCUUGAACGGGUUAUCCUUGCUUGAAUAUGGCACAUAUUGGGGUGAUCAUCCAGCUUUCUUUACCGCCAUUAGCAGUGCAACCGAUCCAACCGAGCGCAUGUUAGCAGUGACUCGAUGGUUCAUGUCGACGCUUUGGGGUAGUUAUGCAUCUCGAUGUACCAAUGGACAGCAUGAGAAGAAGCCAUACAAUCCAAUUCUCGGUGAGCAGUUCCUUUGCAAAUUGGGUGAUGUCGAAUGUGUUUGCGAACAAGUAUGCCAUCAUCCACCAAUUUCUGCUUUCUAUCUUCAGGAUGAAAAGGCUGGUGUAUCAUUGAAUGGUCAUUCUGGACAAAAGGCUCGAUUCAAGGGCACAAGCAUCAAGACUGAACAAGUUGGACGUGCCGUAUUAUACGUGAAGCAAUAUGAUGAGCAAUACGUCAUUGAUUUCCCUGAUCUGAUGAUUCGUGGUUUCUUGACGGGCGCAGCUUAUUUGGAAUUGGCUGGUGUGUGCACAAUUGCAUGCUCCAAUGGUCACACUCAGACAACGAUUGAAUUUGUUCCCAAGCCUUGGUUCGGUGGUGAGCACAAUCACAUCAAGGGUGCAAUCACGUGCGAUGGUGAAGAACGAUACACGCUUUCAGGUCGAUGGAGUCACAAGACCUUUGUUACAAAGAAGGGUGAAAGUGAAAAGCAACUGUUGUUCGAUGCUGAAGAGGAACCCAUGGCUGAACGAAAGACAGCACCUAUUGAAGAGCAACAAGAAAUCGAAUCGCAUCGUUUGUGGGGUCCAGUCACUGAAGCACUCAAAUCCAAGAAUUAUUCGGUUGCGAACGCUGAAAAGAGCAAGAUUGAAGAUUGGCAGCGUAAGGUUCGCAAAGAGAGAGCUGACAACAACGAGACCUGGCAACCAAAAUUGUUCAAGUUUGUUGAGGAUGCCAGUGCAUCGGAUACCUACAGCAAACGAAAUGUGGAUAUGGUUCAGCAAAUGCGACGUAAAGCAUUAUUGGAUAAUGGAGCAUGGACGUAUAUCAAUUCUCUUCACGAGCGCAAGGACUAA